UGGAUCUUUCCAACCAAAUCGAUUCAAAUUCAAGAUAUUCAAGAUGGAUUAUCUUUCAGUCCUAUUCACAACAACUCAAUCAAUUAUCAAACCAACAUUGAUAUAAUUAAUUCAUUGUCAUUGAAUGAAUUAUUAAUGAAGGUGUUAUCCAAUAAUUUAUGCAUAAACGUUGGCUGGAACUUAUGGCAAAAUAUUGCCCAUAUUUUUUUUAACUGGGAAAAUCAGGAGAUCUGGGAUGCUAAUUGUAUGAGGAAAUGUUUACAUAAUUGUCUUGUUUUGGCUUGUGAUUUGGCAUGAGACAAUUGUGAUGAUGCAUUUUAUGAAAAUACAUAUUUGCCCUCAUACUUUUGCCCUUCUCCAUCUUGAGAAAAGGAAGAAAGAAAAAAAAAGUAAAUAAAGGGGUUAGAUUGAGAAAAGUGACCCACAAAAUGAAGUAAUGUAGAUUACCUCUCUCCCACCCAAGUAAUUGUGAUUGACCCAUAACGAAGCAAUUUCAAUUAUCUCAUGUCCAAUUGCCUCAUUGCUACUUUUUGCAGUCAAAUGAGAUAAUUUAGCCCAAUUAUCUCAUUUCGAGUCAAUUGGAGUACAUUUACUCGAUCUAUCCAAACCAACCCAAAUUAGAACUCUCUUUAUAAAUUAGGAGGAGAAAAGUGGGUAAAGAAAAGUGGUAGCUGGAAUCAAUUUAUUCCCGCCACUUUCAAAGUUCGAUUUCCGCAGACCUGAUAAAGCAUUUUGCCUGUAAGCAUUAUCAAUGGAGGCGAACGAGACGAAGAAGAAUCGAUGGAGCCACGAAGUACAUUAAACAGAAGAGGAAAGUUUAUCAGGACGGUUUCUUAGGUCACUUCAUCAUCAGCGACAAGGUUACCAUCCACCACUCCACUCUCACUCACUCGCAUUUCGCAGCUCCCGUAACCCUAGCCCCUCAUUGCAAUUUUCGCUCGGUUUGAGAUUUUAGGUUUCUCUCUCUGCAGAUUAGGUUCUUCAGUCAUACCGGAACCGAUUUCCUCCUCCGUUGUCGUUGCAGAUCAUGCUGUUGGAUGAAUUCGAGAAGCUACUGGAAUGCAGGGUGCUGAAGGACGAAGAAAUCGUUAGCUCCUGCGAGUCGCUGACUUUCAAUUCAUAUCUCGUCGAUGUUGCUGAUCCGGAGGGUCAUCAUGUAACGGUUCCGGGCUUCCGGCGAGAGAUAAGAAGAUGCCGCAGCGUGGACCUAGUUUCGCGACUAGGCAGAAGUUCAGAUGUUCCUCUUUUGAUUCUGGUGACUGCGAAUCUCCACUUACUUUCUUCGCAAACUGAUCAGAUUCCUAUUGCUGUUCUUGAAGAUUAUUUGAGUUCAGAUUUCAGGAAGAGUGAGCUGCAGAAGUAUGAGGCACCAGAUAAUGGUAAAGAUACGGUUACCCUUGGCGCUGCAGAAUGGCAGGUCAUGUACACUUCACAAAUGACUCAGAAGGCCAAAAAGUACCAUGAUGGUUAUAUGAAACUUGAAAAUCGUGGAAGCCUUGGGAGAUUCAGAUCAAGCUAUAUGAUGCAAGCCGGAACAUUCUCAGUAGUAGGCACCUCAAGAAAGAUGAAAGAAUAUGCUCUAGAGAAUCAAUAGCAUUUGGUGGCUAUUUGGUUGAUGUUGGAAAACUUGAAGGAGACAAACAAGUUCUACCGGGCCUAAAUGAUGAAAAUUCUCCCAGAGAAAUUCGCAAGCCCGAUAGUGUAAUUCAUACUUCAUUUAAAUCCAGCAAAUCGACACUCAAAGGUUGGUUGAUGUGUCUGUCUCAAUGAAGCCUGGCUUCUCCUUGUAAAGAGCCAUUGGCUGAAUGCUAAUUAAACUUGUUCUAGUUCUUUUAACAGGGGAAUCACAUGGUAAUGAUCUGCCAAGACAAGAUUUAAGUUGCAGCAGCCCUUCUAACUUAGAGAGGACCAAGGUUGCUGAGACUGUUUCUGCAACAAACCUCUACGUUAUGGUUUGUUCCACACUUUUACUUGUUUUCUUGUAUUUUCUAUGCUAUAACUCAGCAAGAAACAUGAUCUUCCCACCCAUGGAUCUGUUUCAUGUGGAGCAAUAAUUUGUAUGCGCCUCUAUUCCCAACCCAGUUGAAAGUAAGAAAUGGUUGUGGGCUGGUUUAGACAAUUUAUUCUGGUUCAGAUUCCUACAUAUUUUCUAUAGUCAUGCUAAUGAUGGAUAUAGUUUUUAUUGCAAAGUCAUUUUUCCUUUGCUUUCCAAAUAUUUUGUCAUGCCAUUUAGCAUUCAUUACUGCUGCAAAAAGUAACACUGUCCGAAAAGAAGGGUGAGAUGUAAAUGUAAAAGAACGAUUUGAUAUUGAUAACUUCGGCAAUGAUAUAAUGGUUGGAUUUUUUUUAGCACCAUACUGAUGGUGGGUUUUAGCCUUGCAGCUUGGGAGAUAUUGUCUGUUCUUAAGAAACCACCUCAGAAGAGUGCUGCUGCAGAAUGCAUCAACUACUGCCAACAUGCUCAUCGUUCCUACAUUGAGGUGCUCCAAGCUUCCACUUCUGGAGACUCCUUAUUCCCAGCUCUUGGAACAAGUGAAAAUCUGACAAACAAGGAAAUAAACAAGAUAACUAAUG